AAAACCAAAAGUCUUUCUUCAAACCGCUACACCAAAAUCAAUAUCCUUCGCCUCCAAGAAAAGCAUCCAUUCAAUUUCAUUUCACAGAUCUAUCUAUCAAUCUCACUUACUCCUUUUUCUUUCUUCUGAUCUACAUCAAUGGCGUUGGAAUGGGUCGUUCUUGGCUACGCCGCCGCUGCCGAGGCAAUCAUGGUCCUCCUAUUGACCCUCCCAGGCCUCGAUGGUCUCCGGAAAGGCCUAAUCGCCGUCACUCGCAACCUUCUCAAGCCAUUCCUUUCCGUCGUCCCCUUUUGCAUCUUCUUGCUCAUGGAUAUCUAUUGGAAGUACGAGACUCGCCCCACUUGCGAAUCGGACUCAUGUACCCCAUCUGAGUACCUUCGCCACCAGAAAUCGAUCAUGAAGAGCCAACGCAACGCGCUCUUGAUCGCUGCUGCUCUUGUGUUCUACUGGCUGUUGUACUCUGUCACCCAUUUGGUUGUUAAGGUUGAGCAAUUGAACCAGCGUGUCGAGAGAUUGAAGAAUCGGGAUUGAGGAUGGAGAUGAAGUGCGAAUCGUGGGUUUUCGAGUAAUUGGGUCUGUUUUUUUGUUGUUUCUUUUUUUAUGCUUUGCGAUUUUUUUUUUAUAUCUCGGGUUUUGAUGCUAUGUUAUGGUAAUGGCAGCUCGUUUUGUAUUCCACUUUGAUACUCCUAUUAGAUGUUAUGAAACUGAAUACAACUCUUGAAUGUCUUGGCGUCUGAUUUAAAUGCUUGCGGAUUAUGAAGUUCCUAUUUUAGGGUUUUUGUUUU